CACUGAUGAUCAGUGUGACCUGAUGAUUAGUGUAGCCCCAUCAGUGCCACCUGUCAGUGUCCAUCAAUGCCACCUGUCAGUGCCCAUCAGUGCCACAUCAAUGCCACAUAUCAGUGCCCAUCAGUGCUGCCUAUCAGUGCCUCCUAACAGUGCCAGUCAACAGUGCCACCUAUCAGUGCCUCCUAUCAGUGCCAUAUAUGAGUGCUGCCUUUCAGUGCCCAUCAGUGAUGCCUGUCAAUGCCCAUCAAUGCCACCUACCAGUGCCUCCCCAUCAGUGCCGCCUAUCAGUACCCAUCAGUGCAACCUAUCAGUGCCCAUCACUGCUGCCUCAUUAGCGCACACCAGUGAAGGAGAAAAAUCACUUAAUUACAGAAUUUUAUAA